AUGGCGUAUGCGACGUACGGGGAGGUUGUGUUGGAUGAUGGGCUUAUUUGUCUUCAGACCCAGGCGCAUAACUUUGGAACGAAUGUCGAUUACGCAGCAGAGAAGCUCUUGGACCAGCUCUAG